GUGUGGGCUUCUGGAGCGGCAGCGCGUCGUUGAUGUAUCUUUUGGUGCUCUAAUCGUUUGUGUUUACGCGACGUCACCGCUAGUCGUGCCUUCCGCAGUCGGAUUUUUUAAUAUUCUAGCCGGCUUCAGGUCGAGUCCGCGUUUUCACCUCUCACUGCUAUCGCAAUCUCUUCCUAUCAAAAAGUGUCUGCACCUCUACAAAUUUCCCUCGCUUGACGCAGCAACAACCAAUCCACCCACUGCAUUCUACAAACCCUACACCACUACCAAAGGCACAUCACUGCCUUCACGAUGAAGCUCCUCAACGCCGCUCUGGUACUUGCUUUGAGCCUCUGCAAGACUACCCACGCUGCUGCGCUGCCCACUGCAUCACCCGACGUCGCCAUGUUGACCUCGGACGCCGCCGCGAAACUUGACCCACCUGCUCAUGGCAUGUGCUAUCUCUACCUCAACAUUGUCGAGAAGAACCCCCAGAACCCGCAAGAUAUCGACACCACCGUCUGGGUCGCGCUUUCGGACGGCCAGAACAAGACCAUCGAAGGCAUGACCUGGGACGACGGUGAACCUCUCAAAGGCAUGCUCAACGGAAAGUCGAUCGACGGCAAGCCACCUGGCCAAGCACUCAAGAUUCACGGUCUCUUCAAGCCCACGGACACCUUCAGCCUCAGGUGGAUCAACAUGACUCCUGGUGCCCACUGGGAGUGGUUCAGAUUUCAGUACACUGGCGGCAUGGUCGGUACUUUGGACUUUGACGAUAGCUUCAAGGGCUGGAAGGAUGCUUCGUGCAACCGCACUGAGUGGGUCAACCAGUAUCAGGACUAUUACGACAGAAUAACGACCUGCUACUUCGAGUGCUAGGCAUCAUCGGGAAAGCUGCAAGAAGUACUGAUGGUGGGUAUCCGUGGCGUCGAGAGCGACGAAUAGAUCGAUCUGCAG